AUGCUCAAUACAAAUAAGGCAAGCAUUUACAAGCGAAAAUUUCAGUGCGAUCGGCAGUUCAAGGCUUAUGCCAGCGAUACGCCUCUCAACGUCUUGGUAAUAUUUGAAGCAUGGAUAUCUGUAAACCUGUCGAAACCGAAGUGUUACGCAGAGUUCUUUGUUAUUGAAGGGGCUAGUCGCUGUUUGUUAAGUAAGAGGACAGCUGAGGAAUUAAAAGUUCUUAAAGUGGGCCUUGAUGUGCAGCAUAUUGCGCUGACUAAAGAUCCGUUUCCAAAGUUCCCGAACAUUAUUCUGAAACUCUCGAUCGAUAAAAACGUCCUUCCUAGGAAGAUCGCAUACCUCAGAAUACCUGGACCGAUGGAGGAAAAAGUCGAUGCGAAGAUUUUGGAAAUGCUUCAAAACGAUAUCAUCGAGCCAGUGGAUGGACCUGCUGAGUGGAUCUCGCCAAUGGUGGUUGUUCCAAAAGGAAAUGAUGAUGUACGUCUAUGCAUAAACAUGAAGUAUCCGAACGAGGCAAUUCAACGGGAGCAUUACCCCUUGCCGGUGAUCGAAACAUUUUUGAACAAACUCAGAGGAUCUACAGUCUUUUCAAGGUUGGAUAUAAUGUCUGCUUUUCAUCAUGUUGAACUACAUCCGGAGUCGCGUGGAAUUACCACUUUCAUGUCGAGCAGAGGAUUGAUGCAAUUCAAAAGAUUAAUGUUUGGCAUUAAUUGCGCGCCGGAAAUUUUUCAGCGCAUUAUGACGGAAAUGUUGUCUGGAAUUGAAGGUGUCAUAGUUUAUAUUGAUGAUAUUGUUGUAUCUGGAAAGAACCAAGAGGAACAUGACAGUAGACUACAAGAAGUUUUGUUAGUACUUAAGCAGAACAAUGCCAGACUGAAUCAAAGCAAGUGUGUGAUAGGUGUUCAGCAGUUAGAUAUUUUGGGGUUCAAAGUAAGUUCUACAGGCAUUAGUCCUUCAGAAGAAAAAAUCAUCGCGAUCAGAAAUUUCCGUCAGCCCGAAUCGAAAGAAGAGGUUAGGAGUUUUUUGGGUCUUGUCAACUUUGUCGCUCAUUUCAUCCCAAAUCUGUCUCAACGCUCCGAGCCGUUGCGGCAGUUUGUUCGUGGUGACGUCCAGGAAUUUGGUGAAUGCCAGCAGAACGCUUUUGAUGACUUGCGGACCGAACUGUCUUCAAACGUGCGUAAGCUAGGAUUCUAUGACCCGAAAGACAUCACUGAACUGUACGUCGACGCUUCAUCGGUUGGACUUGGAUCGGUACUGGUUCAAAGAGAUAAGUUAAACGUCCCAAGAAUUAUAUCGUUCGCCUCAAAAGGGUUGACUGCUACAGAGAGAGUUUAUCCCCAAACACAGAGGGAAGCCUUGGCAGUCGUUUGGGCGGUAGAGAAAUUUUAUCUGUAUUUGUUCGGUCUACGGUUCACCAUUUUUACGGACCACAAGACAUUGGAAUACAUUUAUGGUGGGAAGUAUCGUGAUGGGAGAAGAGCAUGUUCAAGAGCGGAAGGCUGGGCAUUGCGACUACAGCCGUACAACUUUGUUAUAAAACACAUCCCAGGGUUCCAAAACAUCUCAGAUGUUCUUUCAAGGCUAUGUAAUCAAUCUGACGCGGCUUUUGACGAGGAAUCAGAGCAUUUUCUUUUGGCGGUCGGUGAUGGACCAAUUGCAAUCACGCUGGACGAAAUUAGGACUGAGACAAGACACGAUUUGAUUCUUCAGUCAGUAAUAAAAGCGCUGGAAUCCGGAAGCUGGCCUCAAGAUCUGGUUCGAUACCAAGCUUUUGACAAAGAGCUAGGUGUGCGAGAAAAGAUUCUGGUCCGUGGCGAAAGAAUCGUGCUUCCAGCUACAUUAAGACGUAGGGCACUGGAGAUCGAGCACAGAGGACACCCUGGAGUUGUUUCUAUGCGGAGACGAUUAAGAGAGCGUGUUUGGUGGCCAUGUAUGGAUAACGAUGUCGGAAACAUGGUUCAAGAAUGCGCAGGAUGUGCAGCUGUUAGCAAACAACAUCCCCCAGAACCGAUGCUGCGAAAAGAUAUCCCGGAUAGAGCAUGGCAAGAAGUUGCCAUUGAUUUUUUCUCGGCGAAGUAG